UCACUCCGUCCCCUUCCCAUUCUCAGUCCGAGUACAGCUCACUCAGUCCCCAGGGCCGCAGUGUCGAUGGCCCCUUCCUUCUUUCUCCUCCUCUUCCUCGCCGGAUCUCUCCUCUCGCAAUGCCUCUCAUUCUCCGCCGCCGAACCCAACAACGUGAAGACGUACAUAGUCCACAUGAAGCAUCACGACAAGCCCUCCUCCUUCGCCACCCACCAUGACUGGUACGCCGCCAGCCUCCGCUCCCUCACCACCUCCACCACCGAAGCAGAUGACAGGGCCGGUCACGACUCCUCCUCCCCCCUCCUGUACACCUACACCGACGCCUACCAUGGCUUCGCGGCCUCCCUCACCCCCGACCAAGCCGAGUCCCUCCGCCGCUCUGAUUCCGUCCUCGGCGUCUACGAGGACACUGUGUACUCUCUCCACACCACCCGCACCCCGGAGUUCCUCGGCAUCUCCAAGGACCUCGGCCUCUGGGACCCCCGCAGCGACCAGGGACAGAACCCUGUUCGGGCUGCCGGCGACGUUAUCAUCGGAGUCCUCGACACCGGGGUGUGGCCCGAGUCGAAGAGCUUCGACGACACAGGCAUGGCUGCGAUCCCUGCCCGGUGGCGCGGGGAGUGCGAGGCAGGCCCCGACUUCAGCCCGAAGCUCUGUAACCGCAAGCUCAUCGGCGCUCGAUACUUCUCCAAGGGCUAUCACAUGGCCACAGGUGGGAGUUUCUUAAAGAAGCCGAAGGAGGCGGAAUCUCCCCGGGACCAGGACGGCCACGGGACCCACACCGCGAGCACUGCUGCUGGGUCUCUGGUUGCCAAUGCGAGCCUGCUCGGCUACGCAAGUGGGACUGCCCGCGGUAUGGCUACGCAUGCUCGGGUUGCAUCCUACAAGGUUUGCUGGAAGACGGGCUGCUUCGGGUCGGACAUCCUUGCUGGGAUGGAUCGGGCUAUUGCCGAUGGCGUCGAUGUUCUGUCCAUGUCACUCGGUGGUGGGUCUGCCCAGUACUACAGGGAUACGAUUGCCAUCGGGGCCUUCACUGCAAUGGAGAGGGGCAUCCUCGUUUCUUGCUCUGCAGGGAACAGCGGGCCUGCCCGGGCAUCGCUGGCAAAUGUGGCACCGUGGAUCAUGACAGUCGGGGCGGGCACCCUCGACCGUGAUUUCCCGGCCUAUGUAGUUCUUGGUGACAAGAGCCGCUUUACUGGGGUGUCCCUGUACAGUGGACCUGGGAUGGGCGAUAAGGCUGUGGGCUUGGUUUACAGCAAGGGAUCAAACAGCUCUAGCAACCUCUGCUUGCCGGGCUCGCUCGAUCAUGACCAGGUUAAAGGCAAAGUUGUUUUGUGUGACAGAGGGGUCAAUGCCCGAGUUGAGAAGGGGGCAGUGGUCCGGGAUGCGGGCGGGGUUGGGAUGAUAAUGGCCAAUCUGGCAGCAAAUGGGGAGGAGCUGGUGGCGGACAGCCACCUGUUGCCGGCCGUUGCGGUUGGUUGGAAGAUGGGGGAUCAGAUCAGGAAAUAUGCCACAUCCAAUCCCAACCCGACAGCCGUGCUCAGCUUCGGUGGAACCGUGCUGAAUGUACGCCCAUCCCCCGUGGUGGCAGCGUUCAGCUCAAGAGGGCCGAAUCUGGUGACCCCGCAGAUACUGAAGCCCGAUGUGAUCGGUCCUGGGGUCAACAUCCUGGCCGCCUGGUCCGAGGCACUGGGGCCCACUGGUCUUGACAAGGACACCAGGAAGACUCAAUUCAACAUUAUGUCAGGUACAUCAAUGUCGUGCCCACAUAUCAGUGGUUUGGCCGCCCUGCUCAAGGCGGCUCAUCCUAACUGGAGCCCAAGUGCAAUCAAGUCAGCCCUCAUGACCACAGCGUACGUUAUCGACAACACGCAGUCUCCACUCAGGGAUGCGGCGGGCGGGGCCUUCUCCACGCCUUGGGUCCAUGGCUCGGGCCAUGUGGACCCGCAGAAGGCCCUGUCCCCUGGCCUUGUCUACGAUGCCUCUGCAGAUGACUAUGUUGCCUUCCUCUGCUCACUUGACUACUCCCUUGAGCACAUCAAGGCCAUCGUCAAGCGGCCUGAGAUGAACUGCUCGCGGAAGUUCUCGGACCCCGGGCAGCUCAACUACCCGUCAUUCUCAGUCCUGUUCGGGGACAAGAGGGUAGUGAGGUACACCCGGGAAGUGACCAACGUGGGGCCAGCAGCAUCUAUCUAUAAUGUAACCGUAACAGGCCCUUCUACCGUUGCAGUCAACAUAAAGCCCAAGCGGCUUGUCUUUACAAAGGUCGGCCAAAAGCAGAGGUACACAGUGACCUUCCUGUCGAAGAAAGGGACAAGUCCAACCACAAGGUCGGGGUUUGGGUCCAUCACCUGGAGCAAAGCCCAGAUUCAAGUGAGGAGCCCCGUUGCUUACUCAUGGACACAGUUGAUGAGCUAAAACGUGUUGGUUUCUUAUGGGUCUUCUUCCCCCUUCUGGGCUUUGUAAAGGGCAGAAACUGAUGGGAGGGGAGCUCAUGGGAUAGAAAUAAAAUUGGUCCAUGUCUCUUGCCAUUAAGAAUGGCAGACUUGGAGGUUUGCUUUAGAUUGUGAGAAGAGUGGGCUUUGGCAGAGCUAAUGUAAUAGAACGUCUCGAAAAGAUGAAUCCUAGUGUAAAACCGAACAACCCGUGCUCAGAUCAGGAGCAUGGGGCUUUCUUUCAACGGUUGGCUAUAUUAUACGAAACAGCAGUUCCAUCCUCA